CUAAAAUUUACUUGGUUACACAAAUCUCUCAAAUAAUUCAUAGUUAAUAAUUUUGUACGCACAAACCGGGAGUAUUAGUAAAAAUGAAAGUUUUAUACUACAUUACGAAAUAGUUUGCAGAUUAUAUGGCAAAAUCAUCGCAGACGGGCAAAAAGCUGGAAAAGAAUCUUCGAAGUAAUUCGGAGGUCCCGAAACAUAAUACUAUAAUGCCACCACCGCAAACAAUUGUAAAUGAAAACGCUCAGAUGACGGGACAACGCACGGGUAUCACGGAAAGUGUCUCCGAAGUUUUAGGACACGGCACACGCAGAAGAAAUAUUUCUUCCGAUCAGAUUUCCAAAACAGACAAUAGAGAUGUCAGUCAUCAAAUCAGGGAGAUGGCGGGACAACGCACGGGUAUCAGGGAAAGAGCCCCCGACGUUUCCGAACGCAGCACACGCAGAAGAAAUAUUUCUUCCGAUCAGAUUCCCGAAACUGAAUAUGGAGAUUUCCAUACUCAAAUCACGGAGAGGCUAUAUUCUCUUCUAAAUACUUCGCCGGUCUCGAAACCUAAUACUGUAAUGUCACCACCGCUAACAAUUGUAAAUCAAAACACUCAGAUGGUGGGACAACGCACGGGUAUCACGGAAAGAGCCCCCGACGUUUCCGAACGCAGCACACGCAGAAGAAAUAUUUCUUCCGAUCAGAUACCCGAAACUGACAAUGGAGAUGUCAGUCGUCAAAUGAGGGAGAUAAGUUGUCCUCGAAGUAAUUCGGAGGACCCGAAACCUGAUACUGUGAUGUCACCACCGCAAACAAUUGAAAAUCAAAACACUCAGAUGGCGGGACAACGCACGGCUAUCACGGAAAGUGCCCCCGACGUUUCCAGACGCCGCACUCACAAAAGAAAUAUUUCUUCCGAUGAAAUUUCCAAAACUGACAAUAGAGAUGUCAGCCGUCAAAUGAGGGAGAUAAGUUGUCUUCGAAGUAAUUCGGAGGACCCGAAACCUGAUACUGUAAUGCCACCACCGCAAACAAUUGUAAAUCAAAACACUCAGAUGGCGGAACAACGCACGGGUAUCACGGAAAGUGUCCCCGACGUUUCCAGACGCCGCACACACAAAAGAAAUAUUUCUUCCGAUGAAAUUCCCAAAACUGACAAUAGAGAUGUCAGCCGUCAAAUGAGGGAGAUAAGUUGUCUUCGAAGUAAUUCGGAGGACCCGAAACCUGAUACUGUGAUGCCACCACCGCAAACAAUUGAAAAUCAAAACACUCAGAUGGCGGGACAAGGCACGGCUAUCACGGAAAGUGCCCCCGACGUUUCCAGACGUCGCACACACAAAAGAAAUAUUUCUUCCGAUGAGAUUCCCAAAACUGACAAUAGAGAUGUCAGCCGUCAAAUGAGGGAGAUAAGUUGUCUUCGAAGUAAUUCGGAGGACCCGAAACCUGAUACUGUGAUGCCACCACCGCAAACAAUUGAAAAUCAAAACACUCAGAUGGUGGGACAACGCACGGCUAUCACGGAAAGUGCCCCCGACGUUUCCAGACGUCGCACACACAAAAGAAAUAUUUCUUCCGAUGAGAUUCCCAAAACUGACAAUAGAGAUGUCAGCCGUCAAAUGAGGGAGAUAAGUUGUCUUCGAAGUAAUUCGGAGGACCCGAAACCUGAUACUGUGAUGCCACCACCGCAAACAAUUGAAAAUCAAAACACUCAGAUGGCGGGACAACGCACGGCUAUCACGGAAAGUGCCCCCGACGUUUCCAGACGCCGCACACACAAAAGAAAUAUUUCUUCCGAUGAGAUUCCCAAAACUGACAAUAGAGAUGUCAGUCGUCAAAUUAGGGAGACGUUUGGAACCGGUCACCCCAACACUAUGACAUUUCAAGUGGAGCACAGUACGCCAACGUCGAUAAAAUUAAGACGUACAAUUGGAGGCACCAGUGAUUUAAAAUGUUCUACAGUGGAAUAUCCGACGAUUUCAGCUCCCAGAACAUCUCCUCCGGUGGAAAAACCCAAAACUAAGGUGAAACGGAUGCGUCAUCCGUGCCAUCGGCACCAUCGUCCUUCGAUAUAUGGAGAUAACCCUCCGGCAACAAUAAGAAGAGGGCCUUCUUCAGCAGGUGGUACCAGAGAUUAUACUGUUACCCCACCGAGUCCAAUGUAUUCAGUUCGUACGUCGCCAUUUGCGUUAGUAAGUAAACAGUUUCAUCAGAGGAUGUAUGUGAAUGGUAGAAUGCCGGUAACAGUAGGAAUAAAACCUUCCACAGACGGCAGCACAACCAAGUUUAUUAGUACCUCGCCGGUAACUACUAUGUAUCCAGUUCCCAAGCCGACACCUUCGUCAAACACACCCAAAACUGAUCAUACGGCAAAAUCGAGGCAACCAGAUAACGAGAUUCCCCCUCGAAGCGGUUUGGAGAGCAACUCUCAGAUACCAGCACCAAGAAGAACCUUAGCCCCAUUACCCACUGAGCAAAAUUUUUCCACUUCCGACUUAGCAAGAUGUAUUAAUUUACAAGCCACACAGACUUCUACGAUGUCGAAGAAAGACAAAGCCAAAGCCAAAAAACAAAAGUUGGACAAUAAGAAGAAUUAAAACCACUUAGUAGUUUAAUUAAAUUAUUUUAAAAUUUAAUUGUAACAUGCCUUCGUUUAUUCAUUGUUUAGUAAUAAACAUGUAAAACAUCA